UUCAACUGCUGGCUGGAAUUCUCACUCAACUGUACCACUAAUAUGAACCUGUUCUACAGACUCUUGUAGACUACUAUGCACUGAAAAACAGUUAAUAUGUUACAAAUCAAAGCUUAACAUUGAAAUAUGUGAUUUCAAAUGAUUAAGUUAAAUUCAGAUAGGCAUGUUAUGUGCUCUCUAACACAAACAUAAAAUGUGUUGUUGUUGUAGACCUUUUAACAGAUCUAGUUGACCUCCACAGAAUGUGCACAUUAGCCACUAAUAUCUGACUUCAGUAUAGUUUAUAGAGGUGUAUAUGUCUGUCUGUGUCUUUCAGUUUCUAUUUAGACUACAUCAAAUAUGAAGAAGCUGUGCAGCCACACCAUGUUCAACAUGUUACCUAAUUAGCUAGCUAGCUGACAAUCUGGUUUACCUGUAGCAUAUAAACAUUUGUUGGCACAGAAAGAAAGGGGAUACGAAAAAUGAUUGAUCAAAUUCCUCCUGACACUAUCUGACUGGGUUAAUAACUUAAUAUUAAGUUAAUAUGGACCCAUUGUCUUAGACUUGAACUCUUGGACCAAACAGUGGGACUCUGAUUUCAGCCAUAGGGACUUGUGACUCGACUCCUGACUCCAACAUUGGUGACUUUGACUCAACUCAGAGUAGCCAUAGGGUCUUGUGAAUUGACUCGGACUUAUGCUUUUGUGACUCAACUACAACACUGCUGCCAUUACAUGGCUACUACUACUGCUUCAACUACCAAUUCUAGCAAGUUGUACCCCAGGUUGGGUACACUUUUCUGCUGCUCCCUCAAAAGCAUUAAGCAGACAUUUUGAUUAUACCUCCCUCCCCAUAACUCUCUGUUGGGGUGAGGCUUUCUACAAAUAUACGCAGCAAGAGGAUUACAACAGCUAACACAGGAAGCUGAAAUCCUGGGGUCUGCCUUAUGUUCCCUCAGUUCUACCCCAGUUUGAAAAUGUGCUUUUCAUCCAUGACCAGGCCAUGUUUCGGCCAUUUUGCCGCACUAGGCAAGUCUGCAAUAGACCUUCUCCUACCCGGAAAAGAAAUAGGCCUAUAGUGUACAAUGUUGGCCUAUAAUGUCAUUUUAUAACUAGGCCUAACAUUUGAUAGCCUACCAUUUGUAAAACAUGCAGUUGCGUUGGCUUUAUUAACCCAGUCCUGAUUCCUGACAAAGGCUUAUAGGGACUUGUCCUUUAAGAUAUGAACAUCAGCUACUCAUCAGCUACCCAAUGUUAUUAUGAGUUUUCUUGAGGCUUUUUGCAAAGAGAUCAAUGCUGAUGUAAAGGCCUACGUCUUCACAGCAGUACAAACCUGAAAUCACGUAUUAUCAUUACAUUUUAUUCCACAUUGUGAAACCAGGGAUCUAGUGGAAGAUAAAUGCAAAUAUGAUUAAAAAAAGGCCUGUUAUAAGAGAGAAAGAGAGAUUGUGGGAGUAGCUGAGUGCCUAUAGUGAGAGAUGGCUGUUAAUAUCAGUAGGCUGUUUGAGUGGUCUGUGGGCAGGUAAUUAAUCUGAUUGCUGAUGGGUUAGGUUGCUAGAUCAAAUCUUAACCUGCCAUAAGCUACUUUUGUGUCAGCAAGUCUCCCCAGUGAAAAAUGUACAUAUCCACCACUCCAUCUUUCAUGUACAGACCAUUCAAGUAGCUGCACUUACCACCUCACUGAUACUGAUUGUGUAAGCUACAAACCCAAAUUGUCUAAGGAAAUGUGGCUAACAGUAAUAACAUUGCAGACAUAUUCAGAAAUCUGGGCUGAUGGAAUCAUUGUUAUGCAUAUCUACUGGCCAUAAUUUCCGCUUGAGGUCCUGCCCCUCCCCCACUGCAAAGUGCACAACAGUACCAAACUAUCAAAGGUUUUAUAGGUCAACACAGUCCCCCCCCUCCCCCGUCCUGUAUAUUAUUUAUAUAUACUUGUGUUCCCAUAUGUACUUCCUGUAUUUAUGUGUUGUUAAUAAAAAUAUUAUAAUAAUAAAAGAUACACAGUUCCCCCUCCCCCAUGUUGCAGCAUAAAUCUCUGCUCAAGGUUGCCAUGUACACUAUUUGUGGUUUAUUGAUGUACUUUUAAAACUUUGUGGCAGGUGAAAGGUUUUGGUCGCUAGGUGGAAGUUGUUAUACUACUUCUAUAUUGCAACGUUACCAACAUGGCAUUUAAAAAAAAUCAUUAAUUUCGCCGUAUUCUGCUAAAAUUGUGCUAGUGAAGGUGGGUUUUGAAGGCUGGUUUUGAGCAGACUCCUAGAAAUUUGAAAUUGACCUGGCAAACCUGUCCCUGCCUGAGCGUGAUCACCACUGAAGUAGCUGUGCAGCACGUGUUUUAAGGAAGAGGAGGAUGGUUGCAGAUGUUUGCAUUCAUGCAAGAAGAUCGAAAACAUAAUGGAAGAUAAGAGUCCAGGAACCUACAAAGUAACCAAUGCGGUAUGUUUUCUGAUUUGCCUAGUAUUUAGAGUACGCUUGCCUUGCUUUAGCCAAACCACUCAUACUGAUUCUCUUUUAGUCCAUCCAUAAAAGCAGAUUCAGCUUUAGUUGCAUGCAGGAACUUGCAUAAUGUGCUUCUGUUAUGCUUAUACUUGCUUUUUUACCUUGAAAGUAGUUUUAAAAAAACAGAAAUUGUAAUAGAUGUUUGUUGGACCUCUAUUAGUCAAUGAUAACAGCCCCUCUAUUAGUCAAUGAUAACAGUCAUUGGUGUCCCCCAGCCCCUCUAUUAGUCAAUGAUAACAGUCAUUGGUGUCCCCCAGCCCAUCCCCUGUUGUGUGCCGAGCAAUCUUGUCAUUCUAUUAAGUCUCAACGUUUCUUUUUGUCUUCCUUUACAAAGGCACUGCAGAGGCUAAGAAGGCGCAUGGAAAAUCUAAAGAAGCAUAGUUCAACUUGUGAGGCCAGAUUUGAAAAGGAAAAGAUAAAUCCCGAAGCGCAGAUGUCAGACACCGAGGCUGCCAGUACCUCUGAGGCUGCCAGUACCUCUGAGGCUGCCAGUACCUCUGAGGCUGCCAGUACUUCUGGGUCGAUAGUCAAUGUGUUGGAUGAUGCACCACCGUUGAUCAGAACAGACAGUAUAUACUUGACCAAAGCUAUGCUUGGAUACAAGACUGAUGACUCAAUAACCAGCAUUGACAACAGUGAAGGUGAUUAUGUCCCAGGGCCAUCAGAAUCAUCAGAGGAAGACAAUUCUGAUGAUUUUUCAGAACCAAAGACAAGGGUGGACAGCAGUAAACACGUUGAUUUAGUCUCAGAGGGAGACAGUUCAGAUAAAAUAGCAGGAGUCAAGAGAAGGAAUCACUACAAGAAGACUAGCAAGAGAUGCAGAAGUUCCUCAGAAGAAAACAGCUCAAAUGAAGAAACAGAACUCAAGAGAAAGAAUCAAUAUGCAAAUACUUAUAAGAGAUGUACUAGUUCCCCAAUGUCAAACACUAGCAGUGAAUCAUUGCUUGUAAUGAAUGUCUCAGAAUUAGAUGGAUCCAAAAAGUACCACCAAAAAAAGCACUUCUGUCUGUUUUGCGAGCAACCGCAAUCCAAAAUUGCCCGUCAUUUACAACGUAAACAUGGGGAUGAAAUAGAAGUAGCUACUGCACUUCGGUUUGCAAAGAGAUCAAAAGCUAGGAGACUUCAGCUGAAUCUUCUUCGCAAGAAGGGGAAUCGGGCACACAACAUUCAGGCACUUAAAGAAGGAAAGGGGGUUUUGGUACCAUGUAAACAAACAAGUAAUGACAAGACCAAUCACCAGGACUAUCAGCAUUGUUUUGCCUGCCAUGGGCUCUUUAAACGCAAAUCUAUGUGGAGGCAUGUGGCAAGGUGCACACUAGCACAACACGUUCGAAAGGAGAUGCCUGGCAAAACCAGAAUACAGGCGCUCUGUGCUAAUGCUCAACCGGUUGCUAAAGGAGUGAGUGAAAAGGUAUGGAAACUUGUGAGUAACAUGGCUCAAGAUGAUGUAGCCCAUGCAGUAAAACAAGACAGAUACAUCUUGGCAUUGGGUGAAAAAAUGUACAACAAGAAAGGGGAGAACCCCUCACAACACCAGCACAUUCGUCAAACUUUGCGAGAACUAGGGAGACUUGUGAUUAAAGGUAGAAAGGUGACACCACUGAAAAAGAUGAAGGAUUAUAUCAACCCAAAACACUUCCAACACAUCAUAAAAGCUGUCAAAGAAGUGACUGGCUAUGAUGAAAAGACAAACAAAUUCGAAAAAGCAACCCUGGCGACAAAGCUUGGGCAAAGCAUCCAGAAAAUUGCAGACAUCAUGGAGGGUGAAGCUCUUAUUACCCAGAAUGAAGAAAAGUUGAAGCUUGUCCGAGACUUCCAAGGCAUCUACCGUCUUCGCUGGAAUGAAAUGAUCUCUUCUGCUGCAUAUCGUACACUUGAACAGAAGAAAUGGAACGCACCGCAGCUUAUUCCAUUAGCAGAUGACGUUAAAAAAAUACACAUGUACUUAGAUGAAAAGCAGAAACAAUACUACAACCAACUGUGCGAUGAGAAAACCUCAGGAAAAUGGAGCAAUCUAGCAAAAGUGAUACUGGCUCAGAUGAUUAUCUUCAACAGGAAAAGAGAGGGAGAGGUGUCAAAGAUGUCUGUGGCAACAUUUCACUCCAGGGACAAAUCCCCACUUAACAAAGAUGUUGCAGUGGCGCUAACAGAGGUUGAGAGACUACUCUGUGCGCAUUUUGAACGCAUUGAAACCUGUGGGAAGCGUGGCAGGAAGGUGCCUGUAAUCCUUACUCCAGUGAUGGUGGAAUCUUUAGAGCUGCUUAUCAAAGAGCGGUGCUCAUGUGGAGUGAGCGAAGGAAAUAUCUACUUAUUUGCCAGGCCAGGAUAUGAUACACAUUUUCGGGGGAAUGACUGCAUCCGCGCCUAUGCCAAACAAUGUGGUGCCAAGUUACCUGAAGCAUUGUCAUCAACUAAACUACGAAAACAGGUUGCCACCCUCUCCAGAGUGUUAAAUCUCAAUGAUACAGAACAGGACCAGUUUGCUGACUUCUUGGGUCACGACAUUCGGAUUCAUCGAAAGUUCUACCGUCUUCCAGAGGGAACGCUUCAGUUGGCCAAAAUAAGUAAAAUACUGAUGGCAUGUGAACAGGGCAGAUUGGCAGAGUUCAAGGGGAAAAGUCUGGAUCAAAUAACCAUCAGUCCCAGUGAAAAAAGCAUGGCUGAAAAUAAUGAGGCUGCAGACUCUUGUUCAUCAGAGAACGACUCUGAGAGAGAGGAGUCAUCUGAAAAAUCCUAUGAAGAAAAUCUGACCGGAGAGAUGUCAGCGAUUCGGGCCAAACAGCCAAUGACUAAGGGAAAGCUGGGACAAAAGAGAGGCUCACAUGAAAUUGAUGCUGCAGCCACUGAUUGUGCAUCAGAGAACGACUCUGAGAGAGAGGAGUCGUCUGAAAAAUCCUAUGAAGAAAAUCUGACCGGAGAGAUGUCAGCGAUUCGGGCCAAACAGCCAAUCACCAAGGGAAAGCUGGGACAAAAGAGAGGCUCACAUGGUGCCAAAGGAACAAAAAGGUUUUGGUCGACAAUAGAGGUGGAUGCAGUUGAAGAUUCCUUGAUGAAUUUUAUCCGAAUGGGAAAAACGCCUGGAAAACAAGACUGUGAGAAAUGCAUUGCUGCUUCUGGCCAAGCGCUAGUAAACAGGGACUGGAGAGCAGUAAAGUUCUAUGUACACAACAGAAUAGUUGCAGAUCAGAGAAAAUAAGUGUAUAAGAUGCUUCUAUCUUGGUGUACCUCUGAGGAUUUAAUGGGACUUACUUGACUUAAGCUCAUAGGCAGUUAAUGAAUGUCCUCCAUCUCACUCUGUUUGGGGGAAGUUUUCCCAGGUGGGUUGUUCACUUUUGGAGUGAUUAAGGUCUCAAGAAUACAAAGCCUGCUGACUUUGAAUGUUACAGAAAAAUAAAAAACAUUUUUCUAAACUA